GUCGCCCGCAUUGCCCCAGUGAUGAGUCUAGCCACGCUGGGAUCCUCGCCAGGGUAAUCGAUGCAGAAACGUUAGCAGUGCGUCUCUGUGCUGGACUCUCGCUUUUUCUAUCAGCUCUUAUUCGUCCGGGCAUAUGCACCGGUGGACUAGCACCAUCUGAUCAAGUGGCUAAAAGCUUAAAAGGACGAUAUGACCGCCGGGUUCUGUGACGCAUGCCGAUUGGCAGAUAAUGGCCGUAGAUAUAACUGGCGCUCACGCCUGCUGGGCUGUAGACGUCACAUUGGGCAUGAUUCUACUGCACCAACACAUGCGACAACCAGUCGAUGCAGUUUCGCGGACCAGUCGAAUCUAGCCCCAACCUUGAGACUUGAGCUGAAUCCUAUCGGGCACCUCACAAUCGGGCCUCAUUGUAGCGGUGUAGACAUGACACAAAUGGCAACGGAUCUUGAAAUCGCGAACCUAAAUGGCACAUCGUGCACGCCGGACACCCUGCAUAUGGGUUCGCCUAUCACGCGGCGCCAUUCCCAUGCAUGCUGCAGAGACUAUCGCGCCACGGAGAUUGCCGGCUCCGAUAGGGUCCAAGUAGAAGCAACAUGAAGCCUGGACCGAAAGUUCGAGGCAAAUUUCAGUAUUUCCAGAAGACUUAUGGUAGU